AUGGCCAAGUCCCUCCGCGCCAAAAGCAAGCAAGCCAACCGGCGCAAGAAGAGGAACGACGAGAACUCGCAUUAUGCCGCGGUAGAAGCGAGCCGGUUGAAGGCUGUCUCGGAUCGAUUAUUGGGCAAGGACAAGAAGGAGGGGGAGGCGGCUGGCGCUGGAGCUGGAGCUGAGGGGGCUGAGGGUGCAGAGGGAGCUGAGGGAGCGGGGGAGGCUAUUGAAGUAGAAGAGGAGAAUAUGGGCGAGGCACCCAAGAAGAUCUCCACCUCCGGCCCAAGGCAGAACCGCCGACAAGAAUGGCGCGAGAGUAAAGGGAUGGAUCCCAAGCCUAAGAGUAUUGGACAGAACAAGCAGGGGAAACCAAUAGCUUCGCGCAAGGCUGGGCGCAACAAGCGGAGGCGGUAG